AUGGCUCGUUAUCUUGGGACAUCUUUAGUUCUUCUUGUGAUGGCAUUAACCACCAUAUCACCGAGCCACGGCUUUCUCGGCACCGAGAAAAAGGUCAAAUCAGCAGUUUUCUUAUCACAAAAACUGGAGAUGAAUCCAGGAUCAGUCAUAAAUUCUUUCUUCUACGACAUGGAUUUCCCGAGAGGACACAUCGGCGUCAAAAGUUUCGACGCUGAAGUAGUCGACGAAUCAGGAAACUCCGUCCCUCUACACGAGACCUAUCUUCACCAUUGGGCUGUCGUACCGUACUACCAGCGUAAAGGUUUCAAGCUUUCGCCGAGAGACAUGCCUAGGAACCUUGUUGUUGGUUCGAAGCAAGAUCCCGAUAGGAAUCUUGUUCUUGGUUCGAGAUCCAAUAUCAUUAUUGUGAACAACGCAGGGCUCUGCAAUACCGCGGUCAGGCCAUUCUUUGGAAAAGGAUCAGAGACCAGAAAGACCUCGACGUACGCUCCUGAUCCUUACGCAAUCGAAUUCGACAACCCCGAGGAAAGACCUGAUGGGUACGAACUCAAAUGGCUUCUAAACAUCCACGCCAUAGACACGAGGGGCGUUGUGGAUAAAUCAGGAUGCACCGAGUGCAGGUGUGAUCUGUAUAAUGUGACCAUUGAUGAGUAUGGUCGAACAAUAAAGCCUGAUUACCAAGGGGGUUUAAACUGCUGCUACCAUAAGACUCAGUGUCGUGUGAGAAACGGUUUUGACAAUGGGGAUAAAACAAGAAGUCUCUAUCUUAAGUAUACCGUGGGAUGGGUUGAUUGGGACAGCUCGGUUGUACCCGUUAAGGUGUAUUCUCUCGAUAUUACGGAUACUUGGGAAAGAAAAGAGGGAUCAACAGGAGAUAUCCAUGAACAUGAUUGCCCUGUGGAAUACAAUGUGAAACCGUGCAAAACCAAUGGCGAUGGCUGCGUUGAUGUCAAGAAGAAGAGCUUCAUGAUGCCGUUUGACGGGUAUGUUGUCUUCGGCGUAGUUCACCAGCACGCUGGUGGUCUCGGCGGUGCUCUAUACCGAGAGGACGGUGAGGGAAUUUUCACUUCGAUGCCAGAGUAUGGCAAUGGAGUUGAACCUGGAAAUGAAGCUGGUUACAUUGUUGGAAUUUCGUCUUGUUAUCCUCAAGAACCGGUGAAAGUAAGCUAUGGAGAGACUCUGACUUUUGAGUCUAACUACAGUAACGCCGUUGGUCAUACCGGAGUUAUGGGAAUCUUUCACUUACUCGUUGCUCAGCAGCUGCAUGAACCGGAGAUCUCAUUGCCUGCACUUUUCCAGGUAAAAGCCGCUGUGGUAUACCGGAGGCAGAACCGGGAAGAUGGCUACCAUUACCAAUCACUUAGCACUUAA